UACAGAGAGAGAGAAAGAGGUGGGAUAGUUUUCGUCAUCCGGGUGAGUCACGCGCGCGACCCAGUACACCAGCAGCCCGCAAGCUCGAACUUGCCUGAACGGAGGAGAAAGACCAACUGCAUUGCGGUCGUUCUGUGGUAGCGAUUCAGUGAGGUGACAGGACAUACCAGUGCCGAGAGAGUAAAGAAUAGCGGCAGGACCGCGAGUGACGCAGCAGCAGCAACAGCAGCAGCAGCAGUAAGAGCACAACCCGAAGGAACGAGUAGUAUCCCUCUUUCACAUCGCAUCGCGGAGGACGUACGGACGGGAGUAAAGAUGCCGAGCGCAGCUGAGGAAACUACUUAUUUAAAUUUAAUCGACGUUAUGCCGCGACGAGAGGCGACGACGACGCAGGAGUUUCUAGCGAGAGACGUCGACCUGCUGGUAUCCCAGAUAAAGGAGAACCUUAGGCUAUCAGGAUUCAAGGCCAAGUCUAGCUUCACCCAGAAAAGCCGCCCUUCGCCCUACAGGAUACCAUCGAGAUCGUGGGCAGAUCCGGCGGCGACGUGCGAGGCCUGCAGGUUAAGAGUCGACGCGACCGAGGACGAGCGGCAACAAAGUCAUCACAACUACCAUCACCACCACCACCACCACCACCAUCACCACCACCAUCAUCAUCACAAUCAGAAAAGGUCGAGCACAAACGUCGACGACCCGUACGAGCUGCUUCAGGUUCUACUUCGAGAGGGUGGUCUGAUUAAGGAAGCGGUCAAGAGGCUCCAAGCAUCGUUGCAAGCCUCGCUACAAGCGAAUCUUAAGGAGCUGGACAACGCCGAGGAGGAAUCCGUCUACGAGAGGAAGCCCUACUUCUACGACUCCGAAGACGAGCCUAGGCCGGUGAUACCGCCGCUUGAACUUUGAGGUGAUAGAAUGAAUGUAUUACGGACUUAGUAGA